AUGUUUCCUAGAAGAGAAAGUAUAUUUUUGGAAAUAUUCCUGUUCCAUCUCUCAGGUGUUUUGGGCUGGCGGUGGGGUGUGUCAUAUGCUCCGCAGGAAGUCUGUGUCGUGGCAGGCUCAAGUAUUUAUGUGGACUGCACGUACACAUACCCCCAAAACCUCGAGGUGGAAACAACCUUCUGGUAUCGAGGAUGUAGCAUUGAUGCAAGCCCUGAAGACCUGAGCCAGGACGAGCAGUUUAAGGGUCGGGUGGAAUAUCUUGGGGAUGAAAUUAAUAACUGCAGCCUCAGGAUAAGGGACCUCAGAGAGAGCGACGACGCUGAAUAUUGCUUCAGGUUCAUCACAGAUAAAUGGUGGGGAAAAUGGUCUGGAAAACCUGGAGUUGCUCUUUCAAUUUCAGAUCUGCAGGUGCUGGUAGCCCCAGGCAAAGUGACGGAGGGUAAUAGAGUGACACUGACCUGCAACGCCACCUGCAGUCUGAGUAACGACCCCACCUACAUCUGGUACAAGAGAGCAGUGAUUUUGACCAGCAACUUCACCACUGGGAACAACACACUGACCCUAGACCCAGUCAGCAGUGAGGAUGCAGGCAGCUACUCCUGUGCUGUAAGAGGACAGGAGGACCAUCCCUCUCCUGCAGUGACACUCAGUGUCAGAUGUAUGUAACUGCAUUCCAAUAGAACCUUUCAGACCAAUA